AUGCUACGGAACAAUAUUUGGGUUCCCAUAGAGUCCAACCCGGAGUCUCUCUACCUCUACUCCUGCAAACUUGGACAGACAAAGUUGAUCUUUCAGGAUAUCUAUGGGUUUGAUGCGGAACUCCUAGAUAUGAUCCCGCAACCCGUGCACGCAAUAAUACUGUUGUACCCCCUGAAAGAAGGCAUGAUUAAUCCAAAUGAUGAAGCGAAUGGAAGUACUGAACAGAAUGUUGAGAAUAUUUGGUUCAUAAAACAGAUUGUUCCAAAUUCAUGUGGAACGGUAGCCCUUUUUCACCUGUACGGAAACUUAAGAAAUAAAUUUGAGCUAGACAAGGACUCUCUCUUGGCUAAUUUCUUCGAUAGGGUGAAGGACAUGACGCCCGAAAAACGAGGGAAGGAAUUUGAAGUGAACAAGAGUAUCGAACUCCUCCAUCACGAAUUUUCAGGAAAGGCUUCUGGCACGGGGGAUGACAUAGACGUUGAUACCCACUUUAUCGUUUUUGUCGAAAUUGACGGGAAGCUCGUCGAGCUGGACGGAAGGAAGGAUAAUCCCGUUAUUCAUUGCACGACGACUCCAGCCACUUUCAAAUACGACACGGGAAAUAUAAUAAAAAAAAAGUUCAUAGAAAAGUGCCAAGGUGACAACAGAUUUUCAGCCUUAGCAGUUGUAUCAAGUGAUGUUGUGUAG